UGCGAACAACCCGCGAACUGCACCGCGCGUGCAAUCGUGACGCCACGCAGCUGCACGACCCGGCAAACGUAGUCAUUUUUCCACCGAAUUCCCAAGCAUACCCCCCUCAUCCAAGAGUAUUCCAACAUUAACUCAUAUUUUGCUUGCAAGGAGAAUCAAAUAGCUCGCCACGCAAUCGCGUCUACGCGUCUAAGCGACCGCUACGGCCCUUUCUCGGUUGAUUGGUGGUGUCAAUGUGCAAAACGAGUGUUAAAAAUGUGCCAGUCGGUGGUUUGUUUUGAAUGUCAAAGGCUCAAGCUAGCUGUGCGUCUGAAUAUUGUUGAUAGCUGGUUGACUUAGCAGGCUAGCAUGCUAGGCUAACGAAAUUCAACUCGGAUGCAUCGACAUGUCGUAAACAGAGGCGCAGUUGUUUUUAGAAAUCGAACGUUUAAUGAGUAAAGACGCGUCCGUUGUGCGGCAGUUAGAUGGUGCACGUGUAAACGAAACGGCAACAAUGUGCACGGGGAGCUCUUUGAAAACACCAGCUAGCAUGUAGCCAGCCGCUUGCAGCGUCUCCAUUCAUAUCCUGCGCACUGGCUUCGCUCUGACCGAGUAAUCGCUGCGAUCCGCUGCCGUUUUAAAGCGGCAACCGCGGAUACGUCGCCGUCACAACCUCGUUGUCAUGGAUGAUGAAGACGGCAGGUGCCUUCUAGAUGUAAUUUGUGACCCAGAAGCUCUCAAUGACUUUCUUCAUGGAUCUGAGACCCAUUUGGACACUGACGACCUUUUGGAUGGUUCGAGUGACCCCUCCAGCUCGUUCUUCCCUACCACUGGGGGCCAUGUUCCAGAGGUUCAGCCUGCUGUCCAGCUGUCGGCCAGUGAGCCGGCAGGCCUGCCCAGAGUCAGUGUUGACCUGGACUUCUUGGAGGAUGAAGAUAUCUUGGGAGGAUCCCCGGGUGGUGAAGUUGGGAGCAAUGGCAUUGGGACAAAUCACGAGCCAUGUGACAUCCUGCAACAGAGCCUGGCUGAAGCCAACAUCACAGAGCAAAGCUUACAGGAGGCAGAGGCUGAGCUGGACCUGGGCUCCUUUGGAAUUCCAGGCCUUACACAGGUGGUUCAGACACUGCCUGAUGCCAGCCUCUCUGGGGCUGGAGGUGCUGCUGUUGGUGUAGGCAUAGGUGUUGGUGGAGCAGCGACAAUUUUCCCUGGGUCAGCCCCAAGCACCACUGCUACUCCCCCCAAUUCCACGGCUGACAUGCUGGGGUCAGUGCUUGCUCAGCAGGGUCUUCAGCUACAACCCCAGGUCAUGAACAAGGCUAUCAGUGUUCAGCCAUUCAUGCAGCCUGUGGGCCUGGGAAAUGUGACGCUUCAACCCAUUUCAAGUCUCCAAGCUCUUCCUAAUGGGAGUCAGUCUGGACAUUUGGGUAUCGGACAGAUUCAGGUUGUGGGUCAGCCCACAGUCAUGACUAUCAAUCAGUCUGGGCAACCAAUCCUUGCUAAAGCCAUGGGUGGUUACCAGCUGCACCAGUCUGGGCAAGAGGUAUCAGGUGCUGGGUCUCAGGCAGGGCUUGGAGGCCAAGGAGGUGGACUUUUGAUCCAAGGUAAUAAAGCCACUUUGGGAUCUCCAGGUUUAAAUGGACCAGCUGUUUGUGUCAGCAGCACAAACAGUAGCAGUGGCGGUACAAUGACUGCUCCUGCUGGGCUUUUGGGCUUUGGCAGCAACCCUCUAAGUUCAGGAAUUGGACCCCACACGCAAACUCAAGGCCAAAUCAUGCAGAACGUGAUCAUUCAACGCACACCAACACCCAUUCAGCCUAAACCCCCACAGGGGGGAGCCAUCCAACCGAAACUUUUCAAACAGCAGUCACAGCAGCAGCAAGCACCCCAACCCCUGCAAAAUGAUGCCCAGAAGGCUUUAGGGAUGCAGCAAAUUCCAGUUUCUUCUGCUCAGAAUGUAACCUUCCUGACGGGAAAGCCGGGUUCUAACGUUGUCUUAACUACUCAAGCCACAACACAAGGCCCCCAGUUUCAACAAACCCUAUUCAAGCAACAAGGAGCACAACCAUCUGGCAAGCCCCUCAGUGUACACUUGUUAAACCAACAAGGCAGCAUCGUUAUUCCCCCUCAGAACCACCAGUUAUUCCUGCCACAGCUACAGGCAGGUGGACAGAUCCUGGCCCAGCACCAUGGGGGCCACAUCAUAACUAGCCAGGGUCCUGGUGGACAGCUCAUUGCAAACCAGAUUUUAACCGCAAAUCAGAACAUCAACUUGGGUCAGAUGUUGGCAUCACAAGGUCACCCUGGGGCUGCCCAAAUCCUUUCUAGAUCCAUUCAGCUCCAGUCAGGCCAGAUGGGCACACCCACGCUUUUUCAGAUGCCUGUCUCGUUGGCUCAGAGUCAAAGCCAGACUCAGACCCACACCGUCUCAGGUCAUGCCCAGACAGUCAUACAGGGCAUGCCGAUUCAGAAUUCCCUGACCAUGCUGAGUCAAGUGGAGGGGCUGAGCCCGGCGGUCACCCUUCAGCCGGCCCUGCAGCAGCAGCCAGGUGGAGUCCCCAACAGCAGCAGCACCGGAGCAGCAACCAUGGGUCAAGGCCAGUCUGGAGAGUGUGUUACUGUGCUGGGUAGCUCCACAGACCAGGCUGUUCAUCCCGCUCAGCAGCAUGUGCAGCAGUCCUCUAUCCUCACCAUGCAACCUGCUUCCUCUGUGUCCACGGCUAUUGCAGUACCCUGCUCUUCUCCGUCCAUUUCUGUGUCCACCCCUUCCUCUGUCACUGCAGUGGGGCUGGUCCCCCAUCAGGCUCAGCACAGUCCAGGAAGAUUACUGCUCACCAACCAGGGCUCCAGCAUGAUCUUGAGCCAGGAGUCUCUGCAGAUGUUCCUGCAACAGGAGCAGCACCACCAAACAGAGAAUGAGUCAACCCCCUCUAUGGGCGUACCAGCGUCUGUAAUCGUCAGCAGCAACAGCAUCGCUGCUCUGGCCCCCGCUGUCCAUGACAGCCAGUUAACUGACUCGUGGGUGGGUCAGAGCCACAGUCCUUCCCCUGGCCCCUCCCACAUGACAGCAGUGCUAAAGCAGAUACCCUCCAGUGGACAUCAGCAGCCCCUGAAGAUCCAGGGCAUGUCCCCCUCAACAGCCUUGACCACUCACACCUCGGUGCCCCCGAUGGCAGAGAGCCCCCAGCCUUCCCAGUCCCCCCUCACUCUGAGCCAGCAGAUCCAAUCGCCACACCAUCAGCAGCAGUCACGUCCUCCCUCUCAGCCUCAACCACAGUCUCUAACUCCCUCCCGAUCCUGCACGCCCUCAUCUCACCCUCCACUCUUUAUUGUCCACAACCAGAUUACAGAGUCUUCACAAGGCCAGCCGAAGCAGACACAGCUCCAGCAGGCACACAUUCAAGUUCAGCUACAGACUCAGCCGCGGCCGGCUUCUCAGCCCGCCCCCUAUCAACAAGAUAUGCCUCCUAUAUCACAGUCACCUAAGCCACCAACUGCACAGCACCAGUUCACUGCACCUCCUGUUAGCACUUCUGCUGCUGCUGUCGUGAAAGCCCAGGUUCCCCUCACGGGCCUGACAGCAGACCAGCAGCACCACCUGCAACUAAUAGGAGCGCAAAUUCAGACCCUGUCAGGCAUCGCCCAGCCCUCACCUCAGCAGAAACAGUUGCUGGAUAAGCUGCACCAGGUCCAGCAGACCAUCCUUCUGCAGACCAAGCAGCCUGCCCAGCCUCAGUCUCAAGCCACCGGUCAGUUUGGUUCCCAGCAAGAUGUGCCUGUUGAUAAAGUUGUGAUAACAUCAACAACCAGCACCGGUACACCUUCUCAACUCCCCUCCAUGCUGCAGCCAACACCAGUGCUCGUCAAAACUCCUGCUACAGCAACAAGUGACUUACAGGUAUUCUCAGGAGCCCAAGGGCCAGCUGGAGCAAUGGUGAAUCAGACUGUCACUCCUGCAAGCCUUACCCAGCCUGCACAGGUUCAGCCAAAGCCAGGAGUGAUCAGCUCAGUUGGAGGGAUGACUCUGGGGAAAGUUGGGAUGCAGAUACAGGUGUUAGGAGCUGGUCUGACUCAAAUGCCUGCUCCACAGCCCCCAGCUCCAGCACAAACUCAGACCACAACAAUGAAUAUGCCUUUCAGCGCAGAGCCGAGUAAAGAAGCCAGGAUGCUUGAACAGUUGAGGAAACAGCAGGGUUCAGCUCUCCACCCAAACUACAGUGCUCCUUUCUACUCGUUUGAGGACACACUGCAUAGACUGCUGCCUUACCAUCUCUACCAGGGAACUGCCAACUCCUCUCAAGACUAUCAAAGAGUGGAUGAGGAAUUUGAGAGAGUCUCCAGUCAGCUGCUGAAAAGGACCCAGGCCAUGCUGGACAAAUAUCGCCACCUACUCUUUGCAGAGUCAAAACAGAGACUGGGCCCCUCGGCAGAGAUGGUGAUGAUUGACCGGAUGUUCAUCCAGGAGGAGAAGGUUGCGUUAAGUCAGGACAGGAUUUUGGCCAAGGAGAGACCAGAGGAGUUUGUAGCAAAUGCACGCUUGUUGGAGAGUGUAGUUUCCUCCCAAGAGAAGUCCUCUUCUGCUCAGCACACCUCAGUGAGUGGGGGUGUAGCUGCUGCUGCCCCUCCUCCAGCACCUGCGCCUCCUGCCCCAGUUCCUCUUCCAAACAUCACCCCAACCCCUCCCCCUGCACCCACCCUAGCUCCAGCUCCUGCUCCUGCUCCUCCUCCCCCUGCCCCUGCCCCUGCCCCUGCCCCUGCCCCUGUCACCACUUCUGUCACCCCUUUCCCCCCUACAAAACUUGUAAUAAAGCAAGGUGGAGGUGGAGCCUCUGUGUCGUGGUCCAGCAGCUGUCCCCCACCUCCGGCUGCAGCGGGCAAGCUGGUGGCGGAACCCAGCAGCCAGAGCUCCUCCUUUAGUCGUACUCAAGCCGCAUCCUCCUCUUUCUCGUCCUCUUCCUUCAACUCUCAAGCAGCUGACGACGACGAUGCUCUCCCACAGAGAACCAGCAAACCACCUAUCAAGACCUAUGAGGCUCGAAGGAGAAUUGGCUUGAAACUGAAGAUCAAGCAGGAUCAAACGGGGUUCAGUAAAGUGGUCCAUAACACUGCCUUAGACCCAGUACACACGCCUCAACCUCAGCAGAGCAGCCAGUCGACAUCCCAGCCUCAGCCUCAGGCUGGAGCUGCUGUACCCCAUCCAAAGUCCCACCCUUUAUCAACUCCUUCUACUACAGUCAUCAGAACUCAGUCCCCCGUAUGCACUGCUUCUUCUGAAUCAUCAGUCACCAUAGCAACCGCUCAAUGUAACCCCACACUGAGAGGUAAUUUUCCUCCCAAUGCAGCCCCAUCUUCCUCUACCUCUUCCUCUCAUACUUGGUCAUCGUCAACCUCCUCCUCCUCCACUCAAAUGAAUGGGACAUUGGAUCACCACGAUGUGGGUGGGGUCAAACCCAAUCCUGCCUCCACUGCCAAUCCCUCACCGACAACCUGCCGCCUCCCCCUUCGAAAAACCUAUCGGGAAAAUAUUAGUCCUCGGGUCAGACCCGGUGUCCCAGGGGGAGGGGACGAAAGUCUUUCCUACCCCAGACCCACGCCAUCACCCCCCAGACACGAGGCCUCAUCUCCUCCCUCAGAGCGGACAGUGAUAGCCAGUGUGAAGGUGGAGAAAAGAGGCAGGGAGGCGUCCCACGCUCUCAUAGAGUCGAGCCACGACAGGGGCCGUCUGGGGAGUGCAAUGCCAGGCCUGAACGAAGUGGACGAAGUGUUUAGCCGUGGUAUGAAAUCCACACAGCACCAUCAUAUUCCACCGCUCCUAGAUAAGGACGGGGCAAAGGAGAGAGCGGAGGAGCAUGCAGACCAAGAGACAGAUGUAAGUAAAUACAAGAGGGCGGGGGGAAAAAAUAGACAUAGGGUCGGUGGGACAUUCAGAAUGGACCAGCAUGCCCCUGGGCCACCAUCUCCGGAGUCCUCCUUCACACGAGACUCUUUACUUCCUGCCAAACGUUGCAAAUCAGACUCCCCCGACAUGGAUAACGCCAGCUUCUCCAGCGGCAGCCCCCCGGACGACUCUUUGAACGAGCAUCUGCAGUGCGCCAUCGACAGCAUCCUAAACCUGCAGCAGGAGCCCACUUCCCGCGGGCGCCACAUUAAAGGGGGCAACAGCAGGCCCCACCAACACCAAAGCCAGCGCCCCGGAGGCUCGGCAGCUUCAUCCCACAGACCCUCAGUCCCAACCCCCUCCUCUGCUUCCUCGUCCCCCUCCUUGGCCCAGCACCCUCAGGUUGGUGGCCGUGGCCAUAAUGGCGGCCUGGUGACACAGACUCAAAGUAGAUAACAGCCCCUCAGCCCCAGGCUGGACUGACUUGUGGGAACUAAGAGAUGGAUUUGGAGGCAGGGGAAAGGGGAUCACUGUGAAAACAGUAUCACUGUACUACUCUGCCAAGCUGUGUUGGUUUUGUUUGUCCAUUUGAAUUGUCCCGACUUUUCUUUGUCAUUUACAGCCUGAGGUAGACCCGUGGUGUGUGUGUGUGUGGUCUAAGAUAAAACGGUCCCUGCGAGUUACAGACUUGAAGAUGCCUAUCGUUUUGUAUGUGUUCUGUCAGCCAAGCUCGAGAAACAAGAUGAAAUUGUCCGAGGUUGCUGUUCAUUAUUCAUACAUUCCUCUCAUGUGGCCUGAGCACCGAUCCAAAGCGGUUCAUCUCCUGACGCGUCCCAGUGGGCAUCAGGCGACUUGUUUCAACAGUUGGAAAAGUCCACAACCUUCUUUAAAUUGGUAACCUGUUGCUGUGAGGCAAGAGAGAAUACAGCCAGGUUCAUGCUGUUAAAGGUCAAAGUAUAAACAUUGUCUUCCUUCACCAAUUAGAUUUGAUCCUCUUAUCACGAAGAUAAUGCAGUCCUCCGGAUGCUAACAACACAUGCUAAAGUGAGACUUUCCACCUUAAUCAAGAACACAUUUCUUUAGAUAAAUAAUUUCAGCAAGCCCAAUUACACUGCUCGCCAGGUAACGGCUCUUUGUUUACAUUUGGCAAAAUCAAGUAACCUCACCCUUCACGUGUACAUUUAGAAGUAAAACAUGUCGAGGAUAUGAUUUGUUCGGUUGUGAAGUUGUUUUCCUAUUGACUGCUCAUGGGUACCUUGUCAAGAUGUACAGCAGUUUGUGCUUAUAAUGUCAGGAUUUUUUUCAAGGUUCUUGUUUUAAGACAAAGCCACCACACACAUGCACACACACACGCCCAAUUGUUACUGAUGAUGCCAGGUUUAUGACUUUAUGCAUUUUAGUCAGCAGGGGGCAGGCCGGUUUUAACUGUCGAUUUUCUGUGUUCUCAGACUGUUUGUUUCAUAUAUCUGCAACUGUGUCCCUGCCUCUCGUGUGUGUGUGCGCAUGCGUGUGUCUGUUUUAAAGCCUGGUGGACAAUUCAAACACAAACACAGCACAAGCAAUGAAAUGGAAAAAAAGGAACAAUAAUAAUGUACAAAAAGACCGUGAGAGAAUUUGAAGUAUAGUAUUACAGAUUAAUUUUGUAUUGUAUUUAUUGUGUAUAAUGACACUUUUUAAAAAGAAAUGUACAUUUAGUAAAACUGUAAAUUAAACCUUGCUUCUUUUAUGAAUCA